AUGUUGAUAUCAAUAAAUCGUACAAUGAUGAACUUAAAGAAACAGUUAGAAAAGACAUUUUAUCAAAACUUUCGGAUAAAGAUGUUAUCGUUAAAACCGCUUCAGGAGGUCUUCACAUUUAUUGCAACACUAAUUUCUUCUAUGCAGUUUCGAACAGAAUGA